AUGCCGGUCGCAGCCACCAACUCCGAGACUGCCAUGCAGCAAGUCCUGGACAACCUGGGAUCUCUCCCCAAUGCCACGGGAGCGGCCGAACUGGACCUGAUCUUCCUUCGAGGCAUUAUGGAAAGUCCUAUAGUGAGAUCCCUGGCCAAGGCCCAUGAGCGGCUGGAGGAGACGAAGCUGGAGGCAGUGCGGGACAACAACCUGGAGCUGGUGCAGGAAAUCCUGCGGGACCUGGCGCAGCUGGCGGAGCAGAGCAGCACCGCAGCCGAGCUGGCCCGUAUCCUCCAGGAGCCCCACUUCCAGUCCCUCCUGGAGACGCACGACUCUGUGGCCUCAAAGACCUAUGAGACACCACCCCCUAGCCCUGGCCUGGACCCCACAUUCAGCAACCAGCCUGUGCCUCCCGACGCCGUGCGCAUGGUGGGCAUCCGCAAGACAGCUGGAGAGCAUCUGGGCGUGACAUUCCGCGUGGAGGGUGGCGAGUUGGUGAUCGCCCGCAUUCUGCAUGGGGGCAUGGUGGCCCAGCAAGGACUCCUACACGUGGGCGACAUCAUCAAGGAGGUGAACGGGCAGCCGGUAGGCAGCGACCCUCGCGCGCUGCAGGAGCUCCUGCGCAGCGCCAGCGGCAGCGUCAUCCUCAAGAUCUUGCCCAGCUACCAGGAGCCCCAUCUGCCCCGCCAGGUGGGCCCCUGCACCAAGCUCUACCCCCAGCACAAGGCCCAGCGGGUAUUUGUGAAAUGCCAUUUUGACUAUGACCCGACCCGAGACAGCCUGAUCCCCUGCAAGGAGGCAGGCCUGCGCUUCAGUGCUGGGGACCUGCUUCAGAUUGUAAACCAGGACGAUGCCAACUGGUGGCAGGCAUGCCAUGUGGAAGGGGGCAGUGCAGGGCUCAUUCCCAGCCAGCUGCUGGAGGAGAAGCGGAAAGCCUUUGUCAAGCGGGACCUGGAACUGACACCCACCUCAGGGACCCUAUGUGGCAGCCUUUCAGGAAAGAAAAAGAAGCGAAUGAUGUAUUUGACCACCAAGAAUGCAGAGUUUGACCGUCAUGAGCUGCUCAUUUAUGAGGAGGUGGCCCGCAUGCCCCCCUUCCGCCGGAAAACCCUGGUGCUGAUUGGGGCUCAGGGCGUGGGCCGCCGCAGCCUGAAGAACAAACUCAUCAUGUGGGAUCCAGAUCGCUACGGCACCACAGUGCCCUACACGUCCCGGAGGCCCAAGGACUCAGAACGGGAAGGCCAGGGUUAUAGCUUUGUGUCCCGUGCGGAGAUGGAGGCCGACAUCCGUGCUGGGCGAUACCUGGAACAUGGUGAAUACGAGGGCAACCUGUACGGCACACGUAUCGACUCCAUCCGGGGUGUGGUGGCUGCUGGCCGGGUGUGCGUGCUGGAUGUCAACCCCCAGGCAGUAAAGGUGCUGAGAACAGCUGAGUUUGUCCCUUAUGUGGUGUUCAUCGAGGCCCCUGACUUUGAGACCCUGCGGGCCAUGAACCGGGCGGCGCUGGAGAGUGGGGUGUCCACCAAACAGCUCACGGAGGCGGACCUGAGGCGGACAGUGGAGGAGAGCAGCCGCAUCCAGAGGGGCUACGGGCACUACUUCGACCUCUGCCUGGUCAACAGCAACCUGGAGAGGACCUUCCGUGAACUCCAGGCCGCCAUGGAGAAGCUGCGCACGGAGCCCCAGUGGGUGCCUGUCAGCUGGGUGUACUGA